AUGGUUCCUGGUCCUGCCGAGGUCUUGAGGGAGAACCUCGAUGCACAGUUGAUGCAACAACUGCAGGACGUCUGCGGCAAAUACGGAGCGGAGACUGACCCGUUCAUCAAGAAUAUAUACUUGAAGCUCAUAACUCGGCUUCAACGGCGUCUAGGGUUGGCUGAUGAGUGGAAAGAGCAAGCGAGGAGAGAUCAAACGCUCGAGAAGUGGAAAGAGCGGUAUUUCGCGAUUAAAGUGGAGGUCGAUGAUCUGAUUCGUCGAACGCGUGAAGAGGAGAGAUUGUGCUGGAAGACGGAGGGGGAUGGGGAUGUGAUGCUGGAGAUGAAGCGGGAGGUGGCGGCGAAGGGGGAGAGGAUUGAGUUUCUGGAGGUGAAGCUGGCGGCGAUGGAGCGGCAGGAGGUGAAGAGGGAGAUGGAUAUUUUGAGGCAGAGUUUGAGGAAGGAAGAGAUCACAAAUCGCCUAAAUUCUGGAAUUGAAGAUGCUUGCUCGCCCUAAUUUCUGAAACUAGAGACGAUUUGAUCACAAUUCUCGUCAAAUUCAGAUUGAAAAUUGUUGGAGAAAGGAGCUCUAAUUUUCAGAAUUGGGAGAUUGAUGAUUUUGCUCACGCCUCACGUCAAAUUGGGAGAUUGAGAGAAAGAAGCAGGGUUAUCUUAGUCAUUUCAUAUUAUAUAUGGCUGAUGGAUAUGCUAUCUCAUCCUCUUUGGGCUAAUAAAUAAUCAAUCAUUUUGAACUAA